AACACCACACCAGCUACCACACCAAACACCACGCCAGCUACCACACCAAACACCACGCCAGCUACCACACCAACUACCACACCAACUACAACAUCAAUCACCACGCCAGCCACCACGAGAACGAGGGUAGUAGUCUAAUCAUUGAUCGCGGUAACAUUGCGGUAAUGUCGAGUGCGAGUUAACACGUUGACCGCGACUCAGCAGACAUUGCCGUUCAACCCGAACUGAGGGGCAAUGUUGGAGGGUCUCGUGGCGUGGAUAAUCAACACGUACGUCGGGAAGUACGUCGAGAAUCUCAACACCGACCAGCUCUCCCUCGGCCUCCUGCGGGGCGAAUUGGAACUCGAGAACUUGCCCCUCAAGAAAGAUGUCCUCCGAGGCCUCCACCUUCCCUUCGACGUCCAGUCAGGCUUAGUCAGCAAGGUGUCUCUGCGCGUGCCGCUGAGCGCCGUCCGCUCCCAGCCUUGGCUGCUCCGGGUCACCGGGGUUUACCUCGUCGCCUCUCAGGGCCCCCACCCCGGCACCGGCGACGAUGAGGGGGGCGGCGAGGGGGGCGACGAUGAGGGGGGCGACGAUGAGGGGGCCGAUGGCGACGCUCGUAAGAGGCAGGAGGAGAAGGCGCAGCGGUUGAGGGAGUUGGAGGCUCGCUGGGAGAGCGAGCUGAACAAGUCAAGCGGCUCCCUGUGGUCAUCUCUGUCCACCUCCAUCCUUACCAACAUCAUCGAGAACGUGCAGCUGAACGUGAGCGAUGUUCACGUGCGGCUGGAGGUGUUGGACAGCGACUCUGGACGCCUCUCCGCGCUGGGACUCUGCUUGUCCAACGUGGCCGUUCAGAACGUGGCUCACCAACCCCAGGCGGGUGACCUUACUCACAAGUCUCUGUGUGUGAGCGACCUGGGUCUCUACUGGGAGGAUGACGCUGCACAGAGCUCCAAUCUCUCUGCCUCUCAGCUACAGCAGGCCAUGACGCUCACCUCCCGCUCACCAGCGGGCCGUGUGUGGCUGCUGUCCCCGGUGAGCGCCGAGGUGAGGGUCGCUCGCAACCGCUCAGUGCUACCGCUGCGAUCCAGAGACUCUCCGCGCCUGCAGUGUCACUUCCUCACCGACAGCGUGCAGCUCACGCUCACCCAGACGCAGUACAGAAACUUGGUUGGGCUGGCCGACGAGGUGAAGAUGAGGAGCCGACGUCGCAAGUUUCGCCGCUGGAGGCCACGCUGCUCCGUCGCGACGAGCCCGGUGGCCUGGUGGUGCUACGCCUGUCGCUGCCACGGCUAUCGUCUGAGCCGCCCCUCCGACCCCGACCGCUGCCGGACUCAGCAUCAUCAGCAGCAUCAUCAGCAGCAGCAGCAGCAUCAGCAGCAGCAUCAGCAGCAGCAUCAUCAGCGUGGCUCACUCGCCGUCGCCCUGCGGAGAGCUCGCGAUGCCGUGGCCUAUGCAGCAGCGUACAGGCGGCUGGUUCAGCAAGGCCCUCCACUAGCGGUGGUGCAGCAGGCGCUGAUGGAGCGUGUGGAGUUUGAGCUGUCGUUUGAGGAAGUUUUGGCGCUGAGGGAGGCUGUGAGGGGACGGCUGAAGAGGGAGCAGCUCCCGCUGGAGGCUGUGGACCCUGGACACGGUACGACUCACCGGGACCCCACCGCUACCGCUGCUGGUCCCGGUAGCGGUGACGUUACCGGCGCCGGGUAUCUCGCCUACCUCCGCUCGUGGUUCCCUGGCUGGUCCGGCUGGUACGCCGAGGAAGCGAGCGGUGAAUCCGCCGGUGGAAACGCCGACGCUGGAACCACUGCCGCCGCUGCUAAGGACUUUGUGCCAAGUCAACUGGAGGGCAGUGCCAAGCUGAGGGAGAUUGGUCCAGAGGAGGAGGAGGAGCUGAUGGGAGUGAUGAGCGACCCCACGACCUGCGACUCGUUCACCCAGAGGGACGUGGUGCUCGCUCAGCUGAGACUCACCAUCAGCAGCGUCUCGCUCACCCUGGCGCUCACCCCUCCUCACCACCACGCCCCUCCUCCUCCUCCUCCUCAGCAUGCCAGAGGGGAUGGCGGCAGUGGACCGGGCUUCCUGCAGCUGGAGCUUACUGCGGUGGAGUCGAACGUGCACUUCCGACCUCGGAGUGACUCUGCUGUAGUCCAUCUCUCUCUGGGUGGAGUCUGGGUCAGGGACCUUCAGCCGCUCCACCCUGCCUUCUCCACCCUCAUCUCACCCAAUGAGGUUUCGCCAAUUUCCCAUCAACACCCAGCGCCGCCCGUGCUGGUGCUGGGCUAUGAGCGCUGCGCCGAGCGCCGCCGCCGCCGCUGGACGCCCGCCGGGGGCGGUGCCGGGGGCGGUGCCGGCGGCGGUGCCGGGGGCGGUGCCGCCGGGGGCGGCUUCCAGCGGCGUCUGCGGCUUGCCGCCGGCUCUCUGGCGGUGACGUACAGCACGACAGCCAUAGACAGCACCACAGCCUUCUUCACUGCAGCACGUGUGGGGGGUUCCUCUGCCACUGUGGGUGGCGGUGUGGGUGGUGGUGGUGUGGGUGGUGGUGGUGUGGGUGGCCACGGACGACCCAAGGACCGUCACGGACUGUGGGGUCUUCUGCUGCCCGCACACCACCACCAGUCUCCGUGGCUGCGCUGGGCGGUGAGGAUGGAAGUUGGAGCUCCCCGCCUCAGCUUCCCCCACGAUCUCCGCGACGAAAACUCCACCACUGUCGUUGUGGACCUGGGACGCAUGCUGCUGACCAAUCACGUGGGUGAGUGUGCCGCUGACCAAUCACACUGCUGACCAAUCACGUGGGUGAGUGUGCCGCCGACCAAUCACGCGGGUGAGUGUGCCGCUGACCAAUCACAGCG